UCCCCUCUCAAUCCGUCUAAAGCGAGUGCGAAGGGCGAUUUGAAACGCCAACGGAUUCGGUGCUGUUUGCGGGACACAAACACCACAUUUUGGUUGGGGUGCUCAUCGUGCGGCGUUUGCUGUUGGCAAUCUCAUACUCAUCCACGGAGCAAGGAACAGAGCACUCGUUGCUCAACCCCAAAAACGGUCAAUUGGCACGUGUUGUUUCUUCGCCAACAACAUACGCGAUAGACGGCGAACAUGGCCGCGCAAAAUGGAUUUGAGGACCUUGGUCUCUCUAUUCUCGGCUUGGGGGCUCAGUACCCGCCUCAUGACCUCAAGCCCGAGUCGCUCGAGAUUUUAAGCAAGCGAUUCUACCCAGAAUCGCCAGCAAUGAGCAAGGUGCUUUCGAUCAACCGGUACACAGGCAUCGACCAGCGCUCCUCGAUAGGCACGCCCGACCACCCCCUGGUAAACCAGCCGAAUCCACCAACAAUCACCGAGAUCAAUGAAAUCUUCAUGAAGGAGGGCGUCCCGCUCGCCGUCAAUGCCGCUCGGAAAGCACUGGCCGAGGCGCACGUGGAGGCAGGGCAUGUCACCCACAUGGUUUCGACAACAUGCACCAACUCAGCAAACCCGGGGUACGACCACUUCGUCGCGACAGAGCUCGGCGUGAGCCCCAACACCGAGAAAGUCCUCCUCCACGGCGUUGGCUGCAGCGGUGGUCUCGCGGCCAUCCGCACCGCCGCCAACUUGUGCCUGGGCCACACCAUGCGACGCCAACCCGCCCGCAUCCUCGUCGUAGCCCUCGAAAUCAGCACCACGCUCGUCCGCAGCGAACUCGAGUCCAUCAACGCCACCCAAGAAACCCGAAUCGGCGUCGCCCUGUUCAGCGACUGCGCCGGCGCCCUCCUCCUCUCCAACGGCAUCCCCUUCCCCAACACCACCGCGCCCCCGCCCCCAGCCAUCUACACCCUCCUCGGCUGGCAACACCACACGGUCCCAUCAACCGAAUCCGACCUCGGCUUCGACGUCGACCCGCUCGGGUGGAAAGUCGUGCUCUCCCCACGCGUGCCCCAACUCACCCAAUCCGUCCUAUCCCCCACCUUCACCUCCCUCCUCGCCUCCCUCCCCCCGCUCCCCAAAACCUACGCCGCGCCCGCCGACUUCGACUGGGCGAUGCACCCGGGCGGCGCCACCAUCCUGUCGGGCGCCGAGCGCGCGCUGGGCCUGGCCCCCGAGCACAUGCGCGCCAGCUACGACACCUACAUCAAUCAUGGGAAUAGCAGCUCGGCCACCAUCCUGAGCGUGCUGGAUCGCCUGCGCCGGAAGGACAUGGAUGCGUUGGCGCCUCCCCGCGCUGGUGGGGGUGGGCCGAAGGAGUAUGUGGUGGGGUGCGCGUUUGGGCCGGGGAUUACGGUUGAGAUGUGCAUGUUGAAGCGGAAUUUGAUGGGUGGUGGUGGUGGCGGUGGUGGUGGGGUUGGUGUUGGGGUUGGAGGGAGGGGUGGGAUGGAGACGCCGCCUGAGACGGAGAGUGAGGGUGGUGGUGGGAGUGAUGUGGAUGAGCGGAGUGAGCAGGGUGAGCUGUUGGUUGAGGGCCCGGGUGGGGGGAAAGGGGGGGUAGAUACGGGGAUGGGGGAGGAUGGGGAGGCGUUUAUCAGCGAGGCGUUGGAAGGGGUUGAGCUGGACUGA